UGUACCGUUUUGGCGGCUUGUGGGAAACAUGGCGGAAUAUUUGAAAGAGUGCCAUGUGCCCUGUAAGAUGUCCUGGGAGGAGACGGAGACGCUGUGCCGCCUGGAGGAGCUGUACUGUAAAGACCUGGGGGUGAACCGGACCAAUGUGCACGAGUAUGAAGUGGAGUUCAUCUGCGACUACAAGAGGACCAAGGAGGAGGAGUUCUACCUGGUGAAGUGGCGAGGGUUUGCGGAGGCGGAGAACACGUGGGAGCCAAAGUCCAACCUCAAGUGUCGAAAACUGAUGAAGCAGUUCCACGUGGACCUGGAGAAGGAGCUGCGCCGCCACAAGAGGCGCUGUGUGCCGCGCAGACUGGACAAAGAGAUCUCCUCGCUCCUCGCCAAAAAGGCCAAACUCCGGCAGAGACUGGAGCGCUGGCAAGCCCACCUCAACCACACCAGCAACCACCCCGGCCGCAUCUACGUGGUCAACGACGUGGACCUCGAGGGACCGCCCAGAAACUUCACCUACAUCAACAACUACAAGCCCGGCCCGGGCAUCGUGCUGGAUGAGAUGGCCGUGGGCUGUGAGUGCACUAACUGUAUAGAGGACCCGGUGGACGGGUGCUGCCCUGGCGCCUCUUUGCACCGAAUCGCCUACAACGAGAAGCAGAGGCUGCGCGUGCGCGCCGGGGAGCCCAUCUACGAGUGUAACUCCCGCUGCAGGUGCGGCCCCGACUGCCCCAACAGGGUGGUCCAGAGGGGCAUCCAGUUUGACCUGUGCAUCUUCAGGACGGAGAACGGGCGCGGCUGGGGCGUCCGCACGCUCCAACACAUCAACAAAAACACCUUCGUCAUGGAGUACAUCGGAGAGAUCAUCACCAACGAGGAGGCGGAGAAGCGCGGCCGUGAGUACGACAGUCAGGGCUCCACCUACCUGUUUGACCUCGACUACGUGGAGGACGUGUACACGGUGGACGCCGCGCACUACGGAAACAUCUCCCACUUUGUCAACCACAGUUGCACUCCAAACCUGCAGGUGUUUAACGUCUUCAUAGACAACAUCGACGAGCGGCUGCCCAGGAUCGCCCUGUUCUCCACACGAUCCAUCUGCGCCGGGGAGGAGCUCACCUUCGACUACAAGAUGCAGAUUGACCCGGUGGACCUGGACAGCAGCAGGUUGGACUCGAGUAUCACGUUGACGGACCUGCCCCGCUCCCCAAAGAAGCGUCUCAGAGUGGAGUGCCGCUGCGGCUCUGACUCGUGCCGGAAGUACCUCUUCUGAAGUGGCCUUUCCUCCAGACUGUUAUGAAUUUUUGUGUGUGUGUUUUUACGUGUUCAGAGAUAGUUUUAUAUGAACUACGGGAGUCUGUAACACCGCAGCAUUGUUCCGUGUGGCUCAGACCGGGGCUGGGUACGGCUCACAGGGUUUCCGCACCGGUACCGUCACGCACGCGCUGGUUCUGUUCCUGUUUGUUCCAAAAGUCCCGCACCAUCGGACAGAACAGUGAGCGCGGUGCCCGGCCCUGAACCACUGCUCCCUGCUUUUUUAAAGGCAAAGAGACUGAGCCAAACAUGGAGCUCACAACUGUCAAGGAGACAUGUGCUGCCCAACGGACUUUUCCAUCUUAUCACUGUGUUACUUUUAUCCAGCAGCUGUGCCAGAGCAUCUGUUUCCUCCAGUACAAAAGCCCCAGACACACUCCAGCUGUAAGUUCUGCACAUCAGAUCUGCUCCAGGGGACGACAAGCGAAAAACACAAGACUCACACUGUAGUAAAGUGACAUGAAAAGCAGGGAUGUAACAAUAACCAAAAUAUCACGAUAUCGUAUCGUCACAGUUCUCACAAUAAUGUCGUGGAUCAUCACAAUAUAUCGAAUUACAAGUCUCUUUGUUUAAAUUGCCGUAUUGUCCGGGCUAUUAGGCGCUCUGGAUUAUAAGGCGCACUGUCAUUAAAUCGUCUGUUUUCAAACUUUUUUCACAAAUAAACCGCACCGAACAAUAGGCGAGUUUCAGCUGACGUCACUGUUAUUAAAAGCCCGCGUUGCUGCUGGGAAAUAUUUUGAUCGGAGGCAAGAAACACGGUAGCGUCAAACACAGUGCGUAACCUCGCGUAUUUCUCCCCGAUAAUGGUAAAUUCCUGCUGCAUUAUCGGACGCACACAUAGAAGCAUGGAAGAAGGAAAAUGUCUUUUUCGUAUUCCGAGUGAAAAGAACCACUGACGGUGAAUUAAACGGUUUUCAAACAUCCGCAGAGCAAACGUAGAAGAUCCUAACAAACCGUGGACUCCAACAAGUUCAACAACACAUCGAGACUCUUGGAGGUUUUCAUCUUUUCUGCUGUGAAUGGCCCAGGAGUUUCCACCAAGUCAUUGUGGAUAUCACCAAAGUGAAUAUUUGUGCAGGUAGUUGGAGAUUCUGACCAGAAAUUUGGUUUGUUCCACCUUUUGUCGGGGUUGAAAAGGGUGAUUUGUCGUCCGUCGAUGUUUAUGACCAAUUUCUGGUCAAAUGGUCUUGGGUCCUCUGCCGUUAGAGUGGAUAAAUAACCGGGAUCAAUACCCUUUACGUGCUUUCUCGCUCCGUCCGUCAUGUUGAAUUAGUGUUUCUUGCCGCCGACCAAAAUAAUUCCCAGCAUGCAACGCGCGCUUUUGUCAACAAUGUAAACUCGCCUAUUGGAUGGGUCAGUGGGACUUUGUUUGGCGCGUUCACGGUGACUCUGGGCUUUGUUCAGUUGUGGCGUGUAGGGAGUAGGGACGGGCAUUCGAUUCAAUUUUCUUAAUCGAUCGUCAGGAUGUUUUUAUAUUAAAAUGAUCAUCAUUAUUAUUACUAUCUGCACUACUAAUCUGCAUAAAUAAAUUCAACUUUACGACAUAUAAACAUAACCACUCUAGAGCCACAUCAGCCCGUUUGACAUUAUAAUGUGUUUAAUUCAGAUUUGUGCAAGUUUCACAGAAACAAAACUUAAAACCACAUGGCUAAGUAACUAAGCAAAUUAAAAAACAGCUCUUGUGCGCUGAUGCGGUUCAGCUUCUGUCAAAAUAAAGGACACGACUCAGUGAAAUACAGGUUAGUGUGACCAGAUUUGUGUUUGUCAAAACCAGGACAGCGUACGGGGGGAGGGGGGCGGGGCCUCGUCAUCGACAUUGAGCGACUCUCACCUGGCAAAGCUUUUUAAUGUUUUUCUGUGUCCUGGUGAACUUUUUCCCACUGGACACUGAAACAUAUGUGCUGCUUUGUACACUGUGCACAUGGACUCACACUUGUCUCGACCGGAAUGGAAAGCGGGGAAUUUCUUUUACAAGUCAUCGUUAAAUCCGCAUUUGCGCUUCAGCACGUUGCAGACUGACCGACUGUUUGUGUCUCGCUCCUUCUGAGUUCAGAGAGACACAUGUACGGACCCCCGUUUGUCCCCGGACACGGAUGUUUGGUCACCCUACACUACGCACAGCAACCUACAUUCGGUUUGUCGAUUAAAAAUGAACAUAAUCAAUGAAAUUCUUAAUGAUCAAUUACCAAUUAAUCGACUAAUCAUGCCCAUCCCUAGCGUGGAGUGAUGAGUGUGUCUGUGGGUGUUUUUCUCUGUGCGGUCGCUGUCUGCUCCGUGUGUGUUUGUGUGUUCUGUGGGUGGUGCGGCUUUGUAGUUUACUGAAGUCGUGCUGGGACACCCAAGUGGAUUCAUGUAUGGGGGGCUCUGGAUUGUGGCGCGCAAUCAUUUUUUGAUAGGGUUAGAGGCUUAAGAGUGCGUCUAAUAGCCCGGAAAAUACAGUAAAAGUUAUGGUGCAGCAAUAGAUAAAAAAGACAGGGAACUACAUAGACCACAGGUGUCAAACAUAAGGCCCGGGGGCCAGAUCCGGCCCUCCAAGACCUUUAAUCUGGCCCUCGGCUGAUGUUCUACUAAAAUAUUUUAAUUAUAUUUUCUAUUAAAAUCUUGUUAAUUUUCUGUGGUGUUUAUCACAGCAGCGUCUCCAGCGUCUCUGUACGUGGCCCCUCCCACCAGAGCAGCACAAAUGAAGACUUGUCUCUUUCCAAACGCUCUUAAAGGACGAUCGUUUUGACUGUUGACCGUGACACCCUCAUCAGAAAAAUGUCCAACAUGAGAAAAGUGGAGCCGAGUGCAGGAUUUUACAAGAAAAAUGGAUUUAUUCCUAUUUACAUACAAGUUCAUGUUAAAACAUUGUGUUAAAAAUACAUUGUUCUUAAAGUUUCAAAAUAAAAAUAAAUAAGAGUUCAUCAAUUAAAAAACAUUUCUAUAAUAGAUUUGUGUUUCUCUGCACAAAUAUUUGAACUUAUUGUUAUUUUUGGGGUUUAUAUGACAUGAGUUUUCUGAUCCGGCCCCUUGGGGAUCAAAGUCGAUUGGAUACGGCCCCCGGACCAAAAUGAGUUUGACACCCGUGACAUAGACCAUGAUCCUUUGCUCCAUUUCAGUGCAGACUACAAGAAGAAAUAACAGUUUUAACUCUUUAAAGUCUUAGUUCUUUGGAUUAAGUCUUGUCAAAAAGUCGCAUAUUCACAGUUUUGUUCAGAGCCUCCACAAAAUAUCGCAAUAAAUAUCUUACCGUGGGAUGCAUAUCGUGAAAAUACCACAGUGAGAGAUUUGGAUAUUGUUACAUCCCUAAUCGUGAGCCUCCCCACCAUAUCGUGAGCUUAAAUAUCGUACCGUGACGAUAUCGUAUUGUCAGACUUGGAUAUCGUUACAGGAAAAGUGUUUAAGUUAUUGCCCCUCAGGUUCUGUUAGUGUAAUUUUAUCAUUUACUCGGUGUAAAAUGUGCUUACUCUGGUUUGCUGCUUUCUGUCGGGGUUUGUUCAAUGAUCGUGUUUGGAAAAGAAGUGAAUUUAUUAGAUUGUUUAUGUUGUGUAAAACAUCGGCGUGAGGCACAAGGGCUCCCUCUGCUGGUGCACAGGAGAAUAGUAGUUGCUAAUAUUAAAGUUGCUUAGAUGUGCUCAAAUAAUCAAAUCUUUUCAUAUUUUUGUAAAGGGAUACAAGCUGCGAAAGAGAGUUUAGCAGAAUAUCGCUCCAUAAGUGUCAUUAAUCUCAUGAACUGAACUGAAGUGAAGACAGACCUUCCUCUGUGUGUCAAACAUAAAUACAGUGAAUGAUUUGUACAUGUCUAUUUACAAGAGAAUCACCGGACGGCUGGUUUCAAUAUAUUUGAUUUAUUCUUGAAAUGUUAUUUUUUAAAUAUAUUUAUACCAGUCCAAUAAUCCUGGAUUAUUGAGUAAAUAAACUGAGUAAAAAGGA